AGCGUCGGGUACCGGCGCCUGUUGCCCCGAGAGAGUUAACGGUGCGGGGAAACUCGGCUCGCCUCCGCCCGCCUGGCAACCGGGGCGCCGCGCAUGUAGAGCCGCCGGGGGCUGCCUCCGCCGCACCCCCCCUACCCCCCCCCCCCCCCCCUUCCCGGGCCCCGCGUCCACCUUCCCCGCCCCGGACAAGGCGUUUAACGUGCCCAGGCGUGAAGUAUGGCAUGCAAAGAUGGUUUCUGUCAAGGAGCCAGCCAUCGCCAUGUCCUCGGGUCUCUCCAUCGCCCUCCUGCACUGCCUGUGCCUGGCGACGUGUCUCACCGGGCCGCCGGGGCAGAGCAAAAAAGAGGAGAAAUUGUGGCCAGAGAAUUUCACCAGCAUCCUGAACAGCCUCCUGGAUGGCUAUGACAACCGGCUGCGACCGGGAUUCGGGGGUCCUGUUACUGAAGUCAAAACAGAUAUAUAUGUCACCAGUUUUGGACCUGUUUCUGAUGUAGAAAUGGAAUAUACAAUGGAUGUCUUCUUCCGUCAGACAUGGGUAGACAAAAGAUUAAAAUAUGAUGGCCCUAUUGAAAUUUUAAGACUUAACAACUUGAUGGUUUCAAAGGUGUGGACCCCUGACACUUUCUUCAGGAAUGGGAAAAAGUCUGUUGCACAUAAUAUGACAGCCCCAAAUAAACUCUUCAGAAUAAUGAGAAAUGGCACCAUCCUGUACACAAUGAGGCUUACAAUAAGUGCAGAGUGUCCCAUGAGAUUAGUGGAUUUUCCCAUGGAUGGUCAUGCUUGUCCUCUCAAAUUUGGGAGUUAUGCUUAUCCAAAGAGUGAAAUGAUUUAUACCUGGACAAAAGGACCUGAGAAGUCAGUGGAAGUUCCUGAGGAGUCUUCCAGUUUAGUUCAGUAUGACCUGCUUGGGCAUACGGUAUCCACUGAAACCAUUAAAUCUAUUACAGGUGAAUAUAUUGUUAUGACAGUUUACUUCCACCUCAGACGGAAGAUGGGUUAUUUUAUGAUUCAGACCUAUAUCCCAUGCAUUAUGACCGUGAUCCUUUCUCAAGUUUCAUUUUGGAUAAAUAAGGAAUCAGUUCCAGCUAGAACUGUGUUUGGAAUAACCACAGUGUUGACAAUGACGACACUGAGCAUCAGUGCAAGACAUUCACUGCCAAAAGUAUCCUAUGCUACUGCCAUGGACUGGUUCAUCGCGGUCUGCUUUGCCUUUGUGUUCUCUGCUCUUAUUGAGUUUGCUGCUGUCAACUAUUUUACUAAUAUACAAAUGGAAAAAGCCAAGAGGAAGACAGUAAAAUCCCUUCUUGAAUUCCCAGUUGCUCCAAUACAAAGAGAAAGAAGUACAGAAGAGACACUCACGAGUACAGAUGCCAAUUCAAAUGUGAGGAAAAGAAUGAAUGCCACAGUACAGUCCGAAGCUGAUGGUGGGAGCCGAAUUGACACAAGGCACAGCUCCAUUCAGCCUCCCUCUGUAGCUCAGGGGUCUUCUGACAUUACACCCCACUCCCUUUCUGCAUCAAGUCCCAACCCUUUCACACGCAUCAAUGCAUCAGAGACAUUAUCUUCUGCAAGAGCUACCCCUCCAGCUCCUCCUUCUACCCCAAUUUUAACAGGAUUUGUAUCCCAGCAUGCCACAGCUGGAUCCCCUUCCAUUCAGCACUUGCUUGGAUCUAGACUGGAGCAGAUUCAGACCACCACACCUAAUACGUUAGGAGCAUCUGCAAAGCCGUCUGCUAUCACACCACCUGCUCCCCCUGCCUCCCACUCUGGCACGAGUAAGAUAGACAAAUAUGCACGCAUUUUAUUUCCUGUUACCUUCGGAGCAUUUAACAUGGUCUACUGGGUGGUGUAUCUAUCCAAGGAUACCAUGGAAAAAUCGGAAAGUCUAAUGUAGUUUUGCUGCUAUGUAGUAGUUCCUAAAUUAUACUCACAUUUGAUGCAGAGUUUCUUCUUUUGAAACUAUUUAAAAAGGUCAAUAAUUCUUAUUUAUAAAAGCUGUGUGCUACUUUCCCAUUGUAAAGGCUGGAGUUAUUUGGGGAUAAUUAGUUAACUCCUACCAGAGUAACAGGUAACAGAUUUGUCUUCCUCCCUUCAGCUAGCAGUGAGCCGUCACUCUUGUCAGGCAGACUACUCUGGCUAUACAGAACUUGCAUUUGGGAGGAACAUGCACCCAAAACAAAUCAAAGGCAGAGGUGCACAGCUGUGCAGUGGAACACAUCUUGACUGCUAGGAAUAUGUCUGUUGGUUAUUACAGAUCCCUGAGGCACCCAGCACUGCUGUCUGGACACAGUAUUGCAUUCUGAGUGCAAGGUCCAUGUCCUGAGUAUUUUGACAGUGCUUGCUAGAAAAGGACUUUCCCUGCUAGAUUAGAAUUGGUAGAAUGGGGGGAAGAAAAUGAACAGUGGAAAAAGCAAAGAAGGUCCGGCCUGGGAGAGUGCAACUCCAGAAAAGUUAUGCAAAGGAGUUGUAGAGCUCCAUAUAUUUUUACUAGGCAUUAUUUUGCGUUGCAACGUGGAAAAUUCUCACUCCAAAAUAAGAAUGAGUGAACCUUGUAAAAUCUGAAAUCUGAUGUAAUUCUCAAAAUUGGAUUUUUUUGUUUGGUAAGGUGAUCUUAAGUGUGUGAUUCUUCUUUGACCUCGAUGACCAGCUUGAGUGGAUUUAUUACUAAAUUACAUUUGUUGUGGUAGAUGAGGACCAGGCCCACAAUGUUAAUUUUUUCAUCUGAAUUCUUUGUUCUUUCCGUGAAUGCUUGGAUUUUUUGUUUGUUUGGUUGGUUUUUUUGGUGGUGUUUGUUUGUUUUUGUUUUUUUCCAUAUUUUUCAGUCACACUUCUCUGAUUUCCUUUGAACACAUAUUCCCCCCUCUGCCCUUUAUAUAGUGUUUGUGGCAAGUUAAAUUUUCAACACAGUUUUAAAAGUGGCUUCAAAAUUAAGCAAAACAAAUUUUCCUGUGCUUUGAUGAGCAUGGCUAUGGCACAUCUCUGAGUGAAUUAGAGACCCUUUUGUGAAGAAAUGUGUUGACAUAAAUAAGAAAAGAAAGUUUAUAGGUGAAGCCUGGAAAAAAGUUUAUUUAUGAUCCAUUUAUUUCUGUUAUACUAUGGCAUAGAUUGGCGCUUUUCUUAGCAUCUCAAAUUGCAAUAUAUGAGCAGGCAAUUUUAAUAAUGAAUUGAAUAGUUUAAACCUGAUAGAAAUCUUGAUCAGAAAUGUUCUUUUCACCAGAAUGGGUGGAAGAUAUGCUGGCAAUAAACCUGAAAAUGUUUGUACAGAUCAAUCUGGCUAGGCAAAGGGUUAGCAUUUCUGUGCAGGUGACAAAUAAAAGGCCAAAUUCUCAGCUGUGAUCUGGCUGUGCCUUUAAAGGGUCUGGACUAAUCCCUAGCUUCAGUUGAUUGGAAUAGCAGAUUGGUAAACCCUUGUCAAGGUUUUAUGCUGGGGGGGGGGCAGAUCAGGUGAGUGUUGAGUGGUUCUGUGCUCAGGUAUUGAUGAGCUGACUGAUGGAGACCACAAGCAGCUGGUGUAGUUGAGGACUGCCCUAGACUAUGUUGGGACAAGAAUCAGAAUAAAAAACACCCCAUAAUAGUGAAACUAUGACUGUAUCUCUGUGCCUCUUCCUGUCUCUCCAAACCUUUUAGCCAGUUCAUGGCUGAGAAUCUGACCUUUAACUCAUGGGACCUGGGAGACUGCAAGAGCUGUGUACUACAGUGUGUAGUAUGGAUCCCAGGCUGCUAUUUCAUGUACAGCAUUGGACUAUCAAUGAUAGAAUGCACAGGAUGUGGGGAUGUCUUACGUGACUCUAUUAGGAAGUAGUGAUAUAAACAGUUACCUUAGUCUUUUUUUACUUAAGUGAUGCUCUCAGAAAGCCAGGUAUGAUCCUUUCCUUUUUGGAUUUUACAUCUGGAAGUUGUCUGAGAUUACAGCACUCCUUAGAAAACUUACAUGUGCUGUAACACAGAACUGGAAAUGGAACACCCAUGCAAGAUGUCUAACUGCAGUAGUUUGCAUCUUUGGAUGUAUUUCUAGUUGCUGUGGCUGUUUCUUCCCUAAUUUGGUCCCAUUAUUGCAGUUUGUUAGAAUAGAAGAUAGUAUACAAGAGAUUGUUUAUUUAUUUAUUUUUUUUUAAGCCAGAAGAAACAAAGAUAAUCCUCUGGCAAUUAUUGAUCAAAAUUGCUAAAAUUGCAAAAUAUUUCUAGUGUGAAGAACAAUGGCCUUCUGUGUUGAGAACUUAGUGUUUGUGCCAGAAGUUACUGAAAUGACUCUUUGCUUUCCUCUGAUGAAAACCAAGGAUGUUUUCUCAGGCAGAGCUUUAAACGAUUCAUUAGAAACAGCUGUCUCCUCCUCCCACCCAUCCCCAUACACUGAUUGUAUAAUCAGCUUUCUCAGUGCAUUGUUCAGUAGGAUCGACAUUAGUUCAGGCUAUUUCACCAAGAUCGAUCCAAGUGUGCUACUUGGAUUCAUUUGUAGUUCCUGUUUCAUUUUAAAGACUUAGAAGGAGGAAAAAAGGAUUGCAAAAACUAAUAGGUUCCAAAUAUUUAUUUCUAUGCUUCCAUUUUGGAAUAAAUUUCUAAUGAUACCACAGGGAAAAAAAAAAUCUAUUUUUAAUCUGUCAGUGCAUUUCUGAAGUACCUUCCAACAUUUGCAUGCCUAUGUUCAAAAUGAGAUAUAAAAGAAUUAUCUCACUAUGAGUCUAGGGCUAAUUUAUUGUUCUGUGCUACAUUUUUGUGUUACAGCAUAGGAAGAAAUUACCACAGCUAGCUUUCCAAAGUACCUAUGGAUAAUGUAAAUAGGAAUUUAUUGUUAAGAGUAGUUCUUCAUUAUAUUUAAUGUCCUUGUAGAGUGAUCAGAAACAGUGAAGAGUCUACCCUAUACUCAGUAAUACUGGCAGGUUCUGAAUACUGUGUAAUCAGAAGCACAAACAAAAGCAGGAAUAUCCUAAAUAUAGCGACCCAAGUGUUCAGCACUGCUAACUAAAAUCCUAAGGAGACAACGUUGCAAGUGUCAUUUCAGUGACCAACUGGCUUAUUAGGGAUGGGUUUGAGUGAAAUGAACUCUACAGGAGCUAUUUUUAUUUUUUUUUUUUCCUAUUGGCUUUGUUGAGCAAUCUUUUUUUGACAGUACCAUAGUGAUUUAAACUAACCGAACACUUCAGAUAAGUCAUCUUUGUCAACAGGAAAGGAAACUGGAUAGAAAGCCAAAAAACCUUACCAGGAAACAGAGACAGAUCUCCACUGAUUGCUGUUUCCUCGGAGACAUUGUUACCAACAGCAAAACUCCCACAGGUUGCAGCCCCAACCACUGAACCAGUCGUUUGAGAAAACCAGUUAAAAACGCGGUUAAGGAAAACUGCUUUCACAGGAACUGAAAUGUAUUUUACAGUCAGUUGUAAGUAGGGUCAGAUUUCUAUCAGCCAGCUAUUAACAGGCUUCACCGCAAUUGCAAAAAUAAUGAAGCCAAGCAAGGUGGCAAACCUAGAUCCCAGCCCUCCAUGGUGACUUGAGCUCUUGGAGCUCACCAGCAGAACUGGAGUCUGUUUCUCCUCCUGUAAAAUGGACUCAUCUCCGUCAAAUGGAUGUUUGUGGCAUAUUUCUUCUCCCAUGUGUCAUUUAAGAGAAAAAAGUAGACUUUGUAACUGUUUAGUCAGCCACUCUAUGUUACCCUGUCAUGAGGCAGGUAGACAGUAUGAUAAUUGAAUGAGAGAGAUAAAUAAUUUAAUAAGGAAAGUGAUUAAAGCUUUUCUAUUAAUGGGAGCUAAAAGUUACUGAUUACAGAGUAUUCAAGUGUAGCUUCUGGCAUCUUAUCAUUUUCAUCAUUCAAGAUGGUACUUGCAAAGAAUUGGGGAAAUCAAGUGACUGUAUUUAGUAGGAUGUAACCAGUAUUUCUACGGAAGUGAAUGAACUCAGCUUUUCAAUAUGCACAUAAUUCUGUCUCCUUCCACUUUGUGUACCUCCUGUGUUAUUUGGCCAUAGUGUGUCUUAGGCUGUAGUACAGUGUCUGUGUGCCAUGUGAGAACAUCAGAGUAUAAAGUAUAUAUUUAUCGAGUUUAUCCAAAGCCUAACAUUUCCCUCCUCCUGUGCGCUAUUGGAAGUGGAGGGAAGACCAGAAUGGAAGAAAUGACCACACAGGUUGUGUAAGAGACACGUAUUGGCUACCUGGGACAUUCUCCCAUAGAGAGGACAGGAGAUUUCCUAGGAGAAUCUUUAUCAGUGUGAGAAUCUGGAGCACAGUUUCUGCUGUAGCACAUUCUCCCUCCAAAUCCUCAAGGCUUCCAAGAGAUCUAUUUAGAAAGCAGAGUGGAUCAUGGAUUUUUCACAUUGGGCUCCAGAACUUUUGCUUGACCCAAAAGGUUUAGAAGAAAGAAAUUUUGGUGAGUUUUUCCUUGUCUUCCUGGGACUUGCCAAUAGGGCUUGACUGCACUAAAAUAGAUGUGUGUUGUGUGGCUAGUGCUGUUGUGAAUUGCAAUACAGACAGCUGACAGAAAUUUGCCCUUGGUUUUAUUUAGUCCUAAAAUUGAAUAACAGAUUAGGAAGAUGGCAGCUGUAGUCUUGAGAAGCCUGGGUGAAGUAUAAAGUUUACUGAUGAGAUGGAUAAAGGCAAGGAUGAUCAGCGUCGUAGAAGUGUUGCAGAACUGCAGAAUUCUGCUGCAGUAACUUUGCGGCAGGUCAGUGGGAAGUGGGGAGAAUAUGAAGUAUGAAGUGCUUCUCUUCAUAGUCUGACAAGCAUAAAGCAAUACAGCAUAAAGCUGGAGGAGCAAAACUCUAUAAAUAAAACACCUUACUCAGUGAAAAUCCAAAGGGUAAAUAACCUUAUGGAGGUCAGUGUUAAAACCGCGCCCCCCCCCCCCCCACCCCCCCCAGCCCAAAACCUAUGAAAAAGAUCCAGGGAAAAAGAAACCAGUUAAGUGUCAGUAGCAUCUUUUCUCCCCAAGCAUAUUUUUUAUUUUUUCAAGACCUUAUAUUUCUUUCACUGUGUGAUUCCGAGGUAAGUUACUUACAUUUACAUUGUUCUAAAGACCUGUACUGGUGUCCACUGAAAUCAAUAUGUGUUUUUCCUUGACUUCAUUGCACUUUAAACAGGAAGUUUACUGGAAGGAAAAAUGCACCAUUUUGAAAGAGUCUGAUAUGUGUUAUUUUCUACAGUCUUCACUUGUAGAUCUCUCUUCAGAGUCAAGUUACAGCUUUUUUGGAGAAUAUGAGUGUGGUGAUCAGUUUCAGUAUGUUCUGAGUAAAUCAGACUCUGAAAGUAAGUUUUUGCCACAUCCCAAGCAAGUGAGAGUAGUGUGAAGUACAGAGCACUCUGAAAAGAUCUCUCUUUGCUAAUGUUAUGUACUGUGUUCUUAACUGGAGGGAAUGAAAAAUGCAAUUAUUGUAAACCAUUCUUUGUUUUCAUGUUAAUUAGAUAAUGUGGUAGGUAAUUGUUUCAGAAUUGACUAGCAUUGCCUUCUAGUCCAUAACUUAGUGCAUUUACAAAUAUCUCUUAGACAUUCUUAUGCUUUUUAUAUAAUUCCACUAGAAAGUACUUCAAAGUAAACCAGUUAGUAUCCACUGCAGUUCACUACAUUUUUUGGUCAUAAUUCUAUUUUCAUUUUCUUGUGCAAGAAAAACUGAGAGCGUGAUGGCUUCUUUAAAAUAAAAAUAACAGCAGUAAAAAUAAAAAGCCUUGGAGAUUCCCUUUUUAGAAAACCAUCCAAACUCCCAUCAGUUAUUGAAUGCUCUUUUAAAAUAAUAGCAUAGUUUUAGCAUGUAAAAAUACUAAUGUGAUCACAGUGUGGUUACAUACAUAUAUAUAUACAUACAUAUAUAUAUGUAUCCUUUCAAAUAAUGUGAAUUCCCUGAAUUGUAAGGGAGGCAGGCUCAAGAUGCACUUGCAAGCAGUCUUGUUUUGAAACAGUACCUUUGUGGAUGGAAAGCACCGUGUUCAGUAUGUAUUUUUUUUAUCAUCUUCAUAUCUCUAUUUUCAAGACAAAGAUUCGAAGGAAGAAUACAGUACUACUGAAUUAAUUCUUAACUAGCACAGAGAUCUGUGUUAUUUCUUGCUGGUGGUCAUGCUGUUGUUGAUCUGCUGUGUGGUUUUGUGAAUGUUGUAUCCACAUUGCUGUUAACUAACAUACUACUCUGUGGAUGAUCUGAUGGCAUAAAGAGGCAUUAAAAGAAAUAA